AUGUAUAAGUGUUAUAGAAGGGUUGGCGAAGUAACACCUCAAAAGGCGCGUAAAACUAGAACACCUCAAAAGGCGCGUAAAACUAGAACGUCUCAAAAGGCGCGUAAAACUAGAACAUCUCAAAAGGCGCGUAAAACUAGAACAUCUCAAAAAGCGCGUAAAACUAGAACAUCUCAAAAGGCGCGUAAAACUAGAACACCUCAAAAGGCGCGUAAAACUAGAACGUCUCAAAAGGCGCGUAAAACUAGAACAUCUCAAAAGGCGCGUAAAACUAGAACAUCUCAAAAAGCGCGUAAAACUAGAACAUCUCAAAAGGCGCGUAAAACUAGAACAUCUCAAAAAGCGCGUAAAACUAGAACAUCUCAAAAGGCGCGUAAAACUAGAACACCUCAAAAGGCGCGUAAAACUGGAAAAUCACAAAAAGCACGUAAAAAUAGAGCAUCUCAAAAAGCACCACCGGUCUAA